UUUCUAAAAUGAUUUCUUUCUUCCUUGCAGAAUAACUAUUUUUAACUUCUACUUUUUUUUUUCUCCACAUCUACUGAAACAAUGCAGCCAAACAAGAGUGUAACUGAGUUCAUACUGUUAGGAUUGACACAGGAUCCUCUGAGGCAGAAAGUGGUGUUCAUAAUUUUCUUAAUCUUCUACACUGGAACUGUGGUGGGGAAUUUGCUCAUUAUUGUGACCAUUAAGUUCAGCCGGUCUCUUGGGAGUCCCAUGUACUUCUUCCUAUUUUAUUUGUCCAUUGCUGAUACCUGCUUUUCAACUUCCACACCCCUAAGACUAAUUGUGGAUGCUCUCUCUGCAAAGAAAAUCAUAUCCCUUAAUGAGUGCAUGAUGCAAGUCUUUGCACUGCAUAUAUUUGGCUGCAUGGAGAUCUUUGUCCUCAUCCUCAUGGCUGUUGAUCGCUAUUUGGCCAUCUCUAAUCCCUUACAUUACCCGACCAUCAUGAGACGAGAAGUCUGCAUCAUCUUGAUUAUCCUUGCCUGUAUAGGGGCUUUUAUACAUUCUGUAACUCAAAAUGUCCUGGUCUGGAUACUACCCUUCAGUGGACCCAAUUUGAUUGAUCAUUAUUGCUGUGAUUUGCAGCUCUUGUUAAAACUUGCUUGCAUGGACGCUUAUGUCAACAACCUACCGGUAGUAUUCAAUAGUGGGGCCACUUGCACAAUGAGUUUCUUCAUUCUGAUGAUCUCAUACAUUGUCAUUUUGUAUUCUCUGAGAAACCACAGUUCAGAAGGGAGGAAAAAAGCCCUUUCCACCUGUACCUCCCAUAUUAUUGUAGUUGUCCUAUUCUUAGGUCCGUGUAUAUUCAUAUGCAUACGUCCAUCAACCACUUUCCCCAAGGACAAGAUGGUGACAGUAUUUUAUACCAUUGGUACGCCCGUUCUUAACCCACUUAUCUAUACACUAAGAAAUGCAGAAGUGAAAAAUGCCAUGAAAAAGUUGUGGAGUAUCAAAAUUACCACACAAAGUGAAUGA